AUGAAGAUCAUGGAGCUUUUAGACACGGAUGCAGAUGUAACGGACCCUGACCCGGAUGACUGGAUAUAUGAAAAAGUUAACGAGUUUAAAUACCUUGGCGUAUGUAUAAAUACAAAGAAUGACUGGUCACAGGAGAUUGGGUUAAGGAUAAUAAAAGCAGGGAAGGCGUCCUUUGUAUUAUCCAAAUUUUUCAAAUCUAAAACGCUGUCAAAGAAAACAAAAUUUAGGCUCUACACAGUGAUAGUGAGAGCUAUACUAACAUAUGGAUGCGAAGCAUGGANUGAAAAAGUUAACGAGUUUAAAUACCUUGGCGUAUGUAUAAAUACAAAGAAUGACUGGUCACAGGAGAUUGGGUUAAGGAUAAUAAAGUCAAGGAAGGCGUCCUUUGCAUUAUCUAAAUUUUUCAAAUCUAAAAUGCUGUCAAAGAAAACAAAAGUUAGGCUCUACACAGUGAUAGUGAGAGCUAUACUAACAUAUGGAUGCAAAGCAUGGACUACAAGCGUAACAGAACGAAGACUUACUACCUUCGAAAACAAGUAUAUGUUAAGAUAUGUGGACCCAAAUUAGAUGCGAACACUGGUAUAUAGAGGAGAAAGUUUAACAAGGAACUGAUUGAAGAAACAGGAAUGACUCCAAUUAAGUAUUACAUAAGAGGCCAGAGAAUCCAGUGGUUUGGGCACAUUAUGCAUGAAAGUGAUGAUAAGAUAAUAAAAACAGUAAUGUCUUGGAAACCAACAGGUAAGAGACCACGAGAACGCCCAAGGAAAAGAUGGAUGGAUGUGGUUGAGGAAGAUCUAAAAAGGAUAGGAAUAGAUGAUUGGAGAAACAUAAUCCAUGAUGGAGAGAAGUGGCGUGGAGUUGUGAUGGCGACAAAAACUCUUGUAGAGUAG